AUGUCGGCGGCAGCAAAGCGGGCUUCCGGUGCUGGUUCCAGCGUGGGCGCGGUCGUCGCUGGUGCCACUGACACGACGGCUGCUGAGACGACGGCCACCAGUGCCAGCGCAGCGGAUCCAACGACGACCAGUGCAACAGAAGCAACAACGUCUAGCGCCGCAGCCACCACCACCAGCGAGCCCACCACCAGCUCCACCAGCUCCACUAGUACAAGCACCACUUCGACCGAGCCCACCACCACGGCGGCCCCAACUUCUACGACAGAUUAUACGACCACGACUUCUUCCGAAUCCACCAGUUCGACCACCUCGAGCACCACGAGUGAGCCGACCACCAGCAGCUCUAGCUCAGAAUCCCAACAAGCGACCACAGUCUACAUUACCUCGACUGCCACCGGUGGGGCCGUCACGACACACGCCUCCACGAUCGAUUCGGCCUCAUCCAACACGGCGGCCCUGUCGACCUCAACGGGCGCAGCUACCGGAAGUGGUGGUGGCCUCUCCGCCAGCGGCACCAUUGCGGUUGCGGUGGUUGUCCCCGUCGUCUCUGUGGCACUGAUCGCCCUCGCCGCGAUUUUCUUCUGGCGGAAGCGCAAGGCUAAGAAGGCGGCCGAGGAGGAGCGUCGCAAAGAAGUGGAAGAGUAUGGCUUCAACCCGAACAAUGACGCGACUUUCCCCGGUAUGGGCGGUAGUGUGGCGCCCAAGGAUGAUACCUCGUCUGGUUACCGUGGUUGGGGAACCACAUCAGCUGGCCGCAAGGCCUCGACCAACCUCUCCAGCGGAAUGGGAAUGGCCAUGUCUGAAGGCAGUGGCCAGUACCACCACAACGCUACCCCCAGUGAGGGCACUGUGCAGUAUUCGGACGGAGUUCGACCAGACUCCGGAGAGAUUGUUGAACCAAUUGGGGUGCUGGGUGCAGCCCCCGUAGCGGCCAACAACCGCAAUGGAGACAUUCACCGGGGGGCUUCGAAUGCUUCGUCUGCCUACUCUGCGGCUAACCGAUCAGAGGCGUCCGAGGAGAGUCACAUGUCUGCUGCACACCCGUCAGGCGGUUACUAUAGCGAUAACCCUUACUACGGAGAGAUGACUGGGCAUGGUGCCUACGGGGAUGAUUCCUACCAGCCUGUGAUCCGUGAUGUCCAAGCGCGCCGCAACACUCGUAUUGAGAACCCAGGUGUCUACCCUCGACAAGGGAAUGCCGGAAUCGCUCAGAACUUCUAA